AUGUAUAAUUUUUAGGGUAAUCAAAAAUUGGAAAUAGACAACCUAAAACUAGGUUAUCAAUUUGAACAGAGACUAUAUUAAAGAGAAUAUGACUCAGUGAAAAUGAUGCUUGCUUAAUCAGAAAAGGAAAAACAACAAGCCACACAGAAGUAUAAUCUGUUAAAUUAAAAAUAUCAAGAAAAAAAAAUAAUCGAUAUUUUAGAUGAACAAUCCUUAUAAUCUCAAAUCAAAAAUGAUGGAACAAGACUAUUCAAAGCAGCUAAGUAUGCCAUCCUAGGUUUAGAGAGAAAAUAAGAUGAUGUUGAAUUACCAAAUAAAACCGAAAAGGUCACUGAUAAAUCCUUAACCGCUGAUCCUAAAAUUCAAACCUUUCAAGCUUAAGAUUCUCAAAUUAAUGCUCAGUUCUCAGAAGAUGAAUAAUCAAAAAUCUAUUAAUCCAAAGAUGAUCGCAAUUACUCACAAAGUCUUAUUAACUUCAUGAAUGAAUUAGAUUAUGAAAGAGCAAUCUAUACAACCUAAGAAAGAGUCCCUGAUUAUGAUCAAAUACCUUCAAAAUAAAUUAAAUCAUAAGGCUAAUCUGCUACAGUAUCCUUCACACAGAAGAACCAACCAAAACAUAAAAUUUCCACUUAAAGCAAAAUCUAAUAACUUGAUGAUAAUGCUUAUUUCCACUUCACAGAUGAUACUAGUCGAACUGAAUAAAAGAUUAACAUUGAUCAACAAAUAGAAACCCUUUUGGAUGAUAUCUAAGGAAUAGUUGCCAGAACUUCAAAACAACCUGAAUAAACACUUGUCACUCAUAAGUUAAGACUCUAAAAUGAAAAGCCUUAGAAAAUUAAUCCUGUUUAACAAAUCCCAAAUUUUCAUCCUGUUAACUUUGCAUUCAAUCAAAAUAAAGAAGAAUAACAAUCAACAAAAAGAGUGGCUGAUAAUUCCAAAUAAAUUGAUAAUUUAGAUUAAUUAAUACUUGAUCUAUGCAAUUGA